UAAGCUUCAUGAUACCUUUUUGAGUGUAUGUCUUUGGCUGGGCCUGUGAUGAUCUCUUCUUCCUCCUCUUUUGUGACACCAUCGGCCAGUCACAGUGCCAUGAGGCAGCAGCUGCAGAGGGAGGAAACUGGGGGGAUUUUGGGGGGGAGAGCCCCAGUGUCGCAGCCUGGCUUCCUUGCAGCUGGACCUUUGAACGAUGGAGUUCCUGGGCACCACCCAGACGGCCACCUACUGCGGACCCCGGAAGAGUUGUCUCCUUCCAGAGGUAGCCCCCACCAGCUUGACCCACGACAGCUACCAGGCCUAUUACCUGCCAGGCUACCGCUACCUGAGCUCAUGGAGACCCAGCCUCUUCUACAAGGUCUCCUCCUUCCGGCCGCUUGAGGACGGCGGCGGGCGGCUCCUAGCCCCUCUCCGGCCGCCCACAGUGCUCCCCUCAGUGCGCUCGGCCCUCUACGCCCGCUACAGUCCCCAGGACUGGUACAAAGCCAACACCAAUGCCAUCAAGGGCUCUGAGGCCUAUCGCCAUUGGGCCGGGCGGCUCAAUGCCGACUCAACCCGCUUGAUGCAGGACAAGGACCAGCUGACCCGGCAGCAGCAAGAGUCUACGGGGAAGAACAUUGGGCAGCGGCUGGCCGACAUUGACUUCUGGCGCUCUGAACUAAGCUAUGAAUUGGAGCGGUUGGUGACCGAGAGCCGAGCGCUGGACACGGCCAAGCGGAGGCUGGAGUGUGCGGCCGACGAGGCCCAGGGGCCCUUGCAGGUUGUCUUGGAAUGUUUAUACAAUCGGGAGAAACGGAUGGGGAUUGACUUGGUUCAUGAUAAUGUGGAAAAGAAUCUCAUACAGGAAACUGAUGUGAUCAGAACAUGUCAGGAGAAAAUGAGAAAGCUGGCAGAAAGAAUAGAGCAACAAAUGGGCAUUAAUAGAGACGCGCAACAUGCCUUAGAACGGGACCUUCGCGACAAAAACUCAGCCCAUUUUAUCGACGAGAAAUGCUACAACCUGAGGAACACUUCAGACAGCAUUAACUAUUACCACGGAGUGGAAAAAAUUGAUGGGACCGUCUCUGUUCCCGAAACGUGGGCCAAGUUCAGUGAUGACAACAUCCGCUACUCGCAAAAUGCACGGGCCAACACCGCCACCCUCUGCAAGGAGGCCGACCACGUCCUGGAGGUCACUUCGGACGACAUGUGGAGGCAGUGGACUGACACCAACUUGGCCUUUGACAGCCGCAUUUCAGAAAUCGCUGAUUCUAAGAACCAGCUGCAGGCCCAGCUGGCCAAGACCCUUCAACAGAUCUUUCAGACAGAAAACACCAUCAUGUUGCUGGAGAGGGCCAUUAUGGCCAAGGAGUGUCCGCUCAAGGUGGCCCAGACCCGCCUGGAAGCCAGGACCUGGAGGCCCAACAUGGAGUUAUGCCGUGACAUCCCACAGUUCAAGCUGGUGAAUGAGGUCUUCACCAUCGAUGACACGCUGCAGACGCUGAAGCUGCGACUGCGCGAGGCCCAGGAUACCCUCCAGCUGCUGAUCUUCAACAAGGCCAAGCUGGAGCAUGAUCUCCUGGUGAAGGCCAACUCCCUCUUCAUCGACAAAGAGAAGUGCAUGGGCAUGCGCAAGACCUUCCCCAGCACCCCCAGGCUGGUGGGCUACGUCUGAGUCCCCGGAUCCCCUGAGGCUCCCUCCAACCGGCCUAUAAACAGAUGGCAAAUCAUGGGAGACCUGUCCUGCUCGUUUCUCUCCCCCCCCCCCUUAUAUUUUAGCCGAGCGAAGAAAGGAAGGCAUGAAAUAAACUGAGAAGGAGCGUAAGCUCAAUCCAAACAAGA